AUGGCCGCUGUUGUCAUCCCAAGUCCGUCCAGCGAGGGCGGACGCGACUUUCCAUCUCCUUCGCAAUCGCCUACACCUGCUACAAGCCACCCACCGUCCUCAUUUGAUCCCUCUCGCAUUCCAAGUGGCAAUAAUAGUACAAGUGGAGUCAAUUCAAGUCCUGGAUCUACGAGUCCAAGCAACGUCGCCAACGUGCUAAACACACGGCCCACAUAUGACAGAAGUACAAGCCAACUUGGAAGGUACGACUCGAAAAGGAGUAGUAUGAUCUCCAACACGUCCUUUCAAACUGCGCCCCUCGUCGCUGGAUCCGCAUAUGGUGGAGGGAGCGUUUAUGGAACUGCUGACGGAGGGAGUUCUCGAGAAUCAUUGGAUACCGUGCAGGGAUACGUCUAUGAAGCCCCGAAUACCCCAGGUGUCCCUCCGGUCAUCCAUGCCACUGGUCCCGUCAAUGAAGGGUUCCUGAACAAUCUUUUGCACCCCAAAUCUGCAGCAGCUGCACCACUGGAUGGCACCGAGUCCAGCCCAAGCAAGACGAUCCGCCCAGGCACCAGCGACGGCAAUAAUCACACCUCGAAUCCCGGAAACGAUUUGCCUGCACAUCUGGUUACGGGGCCAUCGCCGAUCGACGUUGAUUCUGCAAAAGUCAAAGCCGCAGUCGCCGCGUUUGCGAAUGGUGUUUCGAAUCCAGAGUCGCAACCCAUACCCGUACCAGGUACACCACCACGGAAAGCCAAUAUUUUCCUGGAUACAAAUACGAUUCACUCUAGUCCAUCCCAUAGUCCGAGCGUCUCUCGUCCGGACGGCGUUGGAAUCCAUUCUGCGAUUGAGGAGGCGCAAGCCGCUGAAUCCGCGCCUGAAGGUGCCGAUUCUACGUCGGCUCCAGGUACCCAGAAUACUGCUGCUGGCUCGAGGACUCAGAGUCGAUCUGGGUCCUUGCUCCAUCCGUCGUCGGCUUUGAGUGCCAAUGCGAAUACCCAGACGACUACCGGCGGUCCCUCGUCAGUCAAACCGACGAGACGAAAUACGACUGGCUCGACAGGUAUGGUAUCCAAGUCGAAAGCUGGCUCGUCCACGGUGGCCAUGUCUUCUACGACCACUGGUGUUGUUGCCUCGACUACGGUCCUUGAGGGAUGGGAUCUCGCUCUUGAUGAAGAUAUGCGAAAGCAAGCGGAGCAUAUCAGAAGAGAGCGGAAGCGCCGAGAGGAAGAGGCCGAAGAAGAGGAGAAAUACCUACCCGGUGGUCGAGACAGGCGAGAAGGAAAGGGCAAAGAGAAGGGCCACUCCCGUAGCGGGAGCGUCGGCGGUCGUAGUGUGGGUGGUAGAAGUGCUGGUGGUAAGAGCUUGGAUGAGUGGAGACCUGUUGUUGGCAAUGUUGUUGGCGAGGGACACGUGAAUUACAUCCUCAUGUACAACAUGCUUACUGGCAUUCGUGUCGCGGUCUCGCGUUGUCAAGCCAAGGCUCCUCGUCCACUGACGGAUGAAGAUUACACUGCCGCUCACAAGUACAACUUUGACGUGAUUGGAAACGAGUUGACACCGAGCGCCAAGUAUGAUUUCAAGUUCAAGGACUACGCUCCUUGGGUAUUCCGAAGCCUGAGAGAAGACAGUUUCAAUAUCGAUCCGGCCGAUUAUCUACUGAGUUUGACGAGCAAAUACAUUCUCUCUGAGCUUGGCUCGCCCGGAAAGUCUGGAAGCUUCUUCUACUACUCGCGGGACUAUCGCUUCAUUAUCAAGACUAUCCGAGCCAUCGAACACAAAUGGCUGCGUAGAGUCCUAAAGGACUACUAUCGACACGUCAAGGACAAUCCACACACCCUCAUCUCUCGCUUCUACGGAUUGCAUCGUGUCAAGCUUCCACGAGGAAAGAAGAUUCAUUUCGUCAUCAUGAACAAUCUCUUCCCUGCGCAUCGAGAUAUCCACGAGACAUAUGACCUGAAAGGAUCCACCGUUGGACGACAUCUGCCGGCUAGCAAGUUGGAAGAUAAUCCCGGAGCUGUGAUGAAGGAUAUGAACUGGAUUGAGAGAGGGCGCGUGCUGGAGUUUGGUCCCUAUAAGCGUGCGCUUCUCACUGAGCAACUUCGAAGAGACGUCGAGUUCCUCAAGUCUAUUGGUGUCAUGGAUUACUCGUUACUCGUCGGUUUACACAGUGUAAAGCGAGGAAACAAGGAGAACAUCCGUAGCAACACACUCAAAGUGUUCAAGCCUGAUAUCAAGGACGUUCCGGAUAUGGAUGCGCCGAUUGGCGCUCGAAAAUGGAUAGGCAUCAAGCAUGCCAUGGAAGUUCGUCGCGCCAUCUUGGUUGCCCAGAGACAACACCAAACCACAAUUGGCGCAUCUACCUCAGCCACGGGAGAAAACGCCUCCGCAACUCCGCAACGAGUCCGCAAAGUUUCAGCCGGUGGAAGGUCACUGAAACCGUCACCGUUACACACGCUCGAAUCGUCCAAUUUGCCCGAGGAGGAUCCUUUACCUUCGGAUCGUAGCGGGUUCAUCUUUUAUAGUGACGAUGGUGGGUACCGUGCCACGGACGAUCUUGAUCGAGAGUGGCGAGGUGGACUAGGUGGUCGGGUGGUCGUCGAUGGAAAGAUUCAAGAUGCGACCGAAGUUGAGAGUGACGGUAAUGGCGUCGUCUACUAUCUCGGCAUCAUUGAUAUCCUUACUCGAUGGACCCUGACUAAACGGAUGGAACAUAUCUACAAGGGACUCAAAGCCAACAAGCACAAGAUUAGUCCCGUGAAUCCAAUAGAGUACGGAGAGCGUUUCUUCGCCUUCCUACAGGCCGUUAUGCGCGGUGGAGAAGGCGGAGAACGGUUCGUCUGA